CUGCCGUCCUGCCUUGCCAGUGACGGACUCUUUCCAUCCAGCCGGCACUGUGGAAGCAGGGUCCUCUGUGCUGGUAUAACACCUCGUGCUCUCCUUCACUCUACCCCCUCCCUCCCCACCACCACCUCUGUACAGGAGAGGAAAAAGGCUCAGGAGAUGGAGCUGUCUUACAGAUCCACCAUCUCCAUCUAUAAGAAUAUCCUGGACCAGUUCAAUCCUGCGCUGGAAAACCUGGUAUACCUGGGGAACAAUUACCUGCGUGCCUUCCACGUGUUAUCUGAAGCAGCUGAAGUCUAUUUUAAGGCAAUUGAGAAGAUCGGGGAGCAAGCGCUGCAGAGCUCCACCUCGCACGUGCUGGGUGAAAUUCUGAUGCAAAUGUCCAACACGCAGAGACUCCUGAACUCUGAUUUGGAAGUUGUGGCUCAGACCUUCCAUGUGGACUUGCUGCAGCACAUGGAGAAGAACACCAAAAUGGAUGUGCAGUUCAUUAGUGAGAGCCAAAAGCAGUAUGAGCUGGACUACCGGCGCAGAGCCACCAACCUGGAUAAGUGCAUGGCAGAGCUGUGGAGAAUGGAGAGGGCCCGUGAUAAAAACGCACGGGAGAUGAAGGAGAACGUGAUGCGAUUGCGCUCAGAGAUGCAGGCGUUCAUCUCUGAGAGCCAGAGAGCCGCUGAGUUGGAGGAGAAACGCCGAUACCGCUUCCUGGCUGAAAAGCACCAGCUGCUCUCCAACACCCUCCUCCAGUUCUACAGCAGGGCCCGGGGCAUGAUCCAGAGCAAGGCGCCGCGGUGGAAAGAGCAGCUGGAGGCCAGCCGCAACCCCUCGAGCAGCCAUGCUCAGGGCCUCCUCACUGCCUCCCAUGGCCAGGGCUAUUCAUCUGGCCGACUCACACCCACCCACCUCGAGAUGCCCCAGAGACCCCUUGAGGAUUUUGUUUCUCCCACGGCUGGGAGUAGGUCCAGUGUCUUCUCUCAGGAGCCUCCAGAAAUGAGACUGUCUCCUCAACCAGAGCCCCCCAGGCAGCCCCUGCAAAGGACACCGUCGGCUGGUUUCCUGCCUACUGGCCGUACUUCCCGUUCUGGUUCCUUUGGUGAAGGCAGCAGCAGUGAAGGUAGGAGAAGCACCAUGGUGAGAGUACGGGCUAUCGUGCCUCAUGCAACGGGAACCAACCGGACCCUGCUACAGUUUGACCUUGGGGAUGUCAUCAUGGUGCUGAUCCCAGAAGCGCAGAAUGGCUGGCUGUAUGGCAAGCUGGAGGGCUCAUCCACAUGUGGCUGGUUCCCCGAAGCUUAUGUCAAGCCUCUGGAAGAUGUGAGGGACUCAGAGGAGCCAGCCACCAGGUCCUUCCCACUCCGAAGCAGUCACAGUAUGGAUGACAUCCUAGACCAUCCCAGCACUCCUUCCUCUGGAAAUUACUGGCCUGCCACUGCCCAGGCCCAUUUGCCGAGCCCACCUCCCACCUCAGUGGGUAGCAGCAGUCACCAGAGCAGGGUGGCAACCCCAGUUGGUUCAGACUCGAAGAAAUCAGGAGUGUGGGACCAGCCCCCUGAACUCUUCCCACGAGGCACCAACCCAUUUGCCACAGUCAAGCUGCGCCCCACAGUCACCAAUGACCGCUCGGCACCCAUCAUCCGAUGAAGCGAGGCUGCAGACAGCAGAGAACUUGAGCAGGGAAGGGGAAGGUGUAGAAGUGACCUUCUGUGAACCCAGCUGGGCAGCAGCUUAGUGCUACCACUCACGGAGUAACCUCUCUCUUUGCCUCCCUUCACUCUUGGCCACGGGGAUCCGUCACGCCUGACUGUCUGGCAAUAGGCCCUUGCUGCUCUCUCUGGCUUGCCCUCCCCUGUGUGAUAUUAUUCUACCUGAGUGGAAGAAAUCUGGUGUUACUGAUGCUGGUGGCCUGGGAGAGGGGAUGCUGGAGGUCUGGGAGCUGGAGGGAUAGAUGAGUAAGAUCACCUGUUGCAUGGGGCAGCACUAGCAGAAAGACAGAGAUAAAAGUUUGCUAGCCCUGCUGUGGCCAGAGAAGGGUACUCGUAGGAUAGUCCUUUUGCUAUUAGAAAAUAAACCCUGAGGUGGGGUGACUGCUAGAAAGGAGCCAGAGCUUGAGUCCAGCUGAAUGGAUCUGCAACGCCCAUCUCUUUGCUCUUGGCACAUUUGGUGGCUGAGUCUGUUUAUGAAGGCAUCUAUCCCCUUCUUGCCUCUUGCUUGACCCUAUCUCUGGCUGGGCAGACCGGGAGCGAGGGGGUGGGCAGUGACAGAGAGCCCAGCUUCCUGGCCUUCAUCUGAUGGCUGUAAAGAAGGCCUUCUUGAAAUAAAAUGAAGGAUCCUGCUUCUGUAAGUGUCCCAGCGCCUGCAGCCCUGACCUUGGCCACCGUAGCAGGGAGGAGGAAGCCCGGGCUCGUGGCUACUGUCAGGGCAACCCCAGGGUGUGACUGUAGCCCCUUUGGUUCAGCCCCUCGGCUGCCCUUCAGCCGAGAUGCAUGCGGCUAUCAUGCAGC